CUUUUUUUGAAGUACAGUUCUGUGCAUGGUUCAAUUUUUUUAUAUAUUAGAUGUACGUAUUCCUAAUUAAUAAUAAAAACGCAAGAAUAUCUUUAAAUUAGGCAUGUUUCAAUGUGAAAUAAAAACUUGAAGUGUAUUUCAAUAAGAAAAUUAGAAAGUGAUGCCCCAAGAAUAUAUUUUUUGUUAGGUAAAAUUCAAAAGCAAAAUUUUCUUGAAGUGUAUUUAAAUUCUUUUUGGGUCUUCUUGCAAAGCUUCUUGACUCUUCAAAAUUACAUUUUAAUUCUUGUAUACGUUUAUUAUAAUCAUUUCAUCAUCAAAUGGUUCAUUCUUGUGUUUUUGAGUUUAUACAAGUAAUUUAGGGUUGUAAAUUUUUGUGAUCAGAAUGAAAAUAUUCAAUUCUCAUUAUUUUUUGUGAUUGCAACAUUUAAUUACAAACAUAAUGUGCGUGCUCAGAAGGGAAUAUUAAAACAAUUUUACUGCUUGAUUUCAAUUGUCUAUAAUUAAAGUAAUAGGAUCUAUUACAACAAAUUUUGUUAACUGCUCAUUGAAAAAUCAUAGUUGAUGUUCAAAACAUUAUGAUUUAACAAAUUUCGUGAUUUGUCCUGUUUAAAAAUAUUUACAUUAAAAUCUGAGAUCAAAUCAAAUAUUUCAAAAUCUGUUGAUUUGAUCAAUUUCAGAUGCAGAAUAGAACACUUUCACAUAAAAAAUGAAUGUUCCAAUAACAAAAGAAAUUGUAGUAUUUUUUCAAAAGUUAUGAUCUGAACUUCUAAGAUAUGUAUCUAGUACUUACAUACAUAACCUCACUGAUAAAGUAGUAAUUAAACUGACUCUGUUAAGUUUACUUCCUAAAAACCCAAUAACCAGAGUAUGAUUAAAUUCUUCUUUUGAUUCUAAUUUUAGAAUUUAUGAAGAACAAUGAUUAAGAGACAUAAAAUCACUUUGAGGUUAUCUACGCACAUUCAAUGACUAACAAGACUAUUACACCUAUUGAAGAUGUUGCAAAUAUAACAAUUGAUAGCUAUAGUGCAUAUUUUUAAAACAUCAAAAGUACAAGUAACAAAGUAGGUCAAUGAAAAUUUGUUGAAGAGGAGACUUUAAGUGUUGAGAAUGAAAUUUUAUCUCUAUGAAAUACGUCCAUCGUCAUUGAUUUUAAAAGAGAUGCCAUCAAAUGGAUAAAAUAGGCAAUGUUGUGUAGAAAAAGAGCAAUACAUAUCCCAUUGUAGCAGAUCACAACUUUUCUUUUGUUGAAUGUGAAACAAACAAUCAAAGUUGAGGCAAAACCAAAAUGGAUUUGCAUAAUAAGACAGAGUUGGAGCAAGAAAUGGAACUCUUUGAAGAGUUUGAAAGAAGCAAAGAACUCCAAUUGAAUAUUAAUGAUCAAAGUGAAAUAUUGAAAGAAAGACGUGAAGUUGUAAGUGAAACCACAAAUGAUAAGAAACGUAUUACUCAAAGCGAUUUCUCUGAAAGUCCUAAAAAACGUAGUAAGCUUGAACAAGCAACAACAAUGAAAAGAAAGAAUGAAGAAGACGUGUGUUUUAUAUGCUUUGAUGGUGGUGAUUUAGUGCUCUGUGAUUGCAGAUUGUGUCCAAAAGCAUACCAUUUGGGAUGCACUGGUCGUGAUGAAGCAUUUUUUAUACAAAAAGGAGCUUGGUUCUGCGGUUGGCAUUUUUGCUCAAGCUGCCAAAAACGUGGAAAUUAUCAGUGCUACACAUGUCCUACAACAUAUUGUAACAAUUGUGUUAAAAAAUCUAAAUUUUUCACACUGAAAAAACAAAAAGGAUUGUGUGAAGAAUGCUUGCCAAUUGUAAGCAUGAUUGAACAAAAUGAAACAAGUAACAAUGAUGGGGAGCAAGUGGAUUUUGAAGACAAAGAAACUUAUGAAUACUUAUUCAAAGAUUAUUGGCUUGACCUCAAAAGGAACCUCGACAUCACACUUCCUAUCUUCAAUAAAGAUAAACCUUCAUUAAGAGGGACUUAUGUUCAUAACGUAGAACAAUCUAUAGUUGUCAACAAUGGUGAAUCUGACAAUAACUCUCAAGAUUCUCACAAUUUUGAUAAUUCCAUUGAAGAAAACAGUGAAGCAGAAAAUGACAAUGAAAGUGAGGAGCUGAAUAAAAGAGUAAAAAACUCCUCCAUAGAAAUUGAAAGAAUCAAAGAUGAAAAUGUUCAAGUUGAAACAAUCGUUGAAAUUCCACCAAAUCAAAUUCCUCAUGAAAACAAAGAUGAUUGUUGGAAAGCCAUUCCUUCUAAGAUUGAAGAUUGGGCAUCAAGAGAAUUAAAGGCUUUUUUGAAAAACAUGAAAGAAGAUGUUAUGAAACCUCUUUCAAGAUUUGCAAUUCAUAAGUUACUUUGGAUAUACAUCAAACAAAACAAACUCCAAAAUCCUAAAAAGAUGAAUGAGAUUAUUUGUGAUCAACAACUUCGUCUUAUAUUUGAGAAAGAUUCAGUUGGUCAAUUUGAGAUGUUCAAACUACUCAACAAACAUUUUCCAACCAAAAUUGUCUUAAAACCCCAACCUAAAGCAACAAUGUAUGUUGACAAAGCCAAAAUAGAAGACUCACUAGCAUCUACUUUGAGUCAAGAAAAACUUAAACUUGGUUUAUUGAAGAAUAAGAAAAAAUGUCCCAAAAAAAUUGAGAAUAUGCAAAGACCUCGCAGUAAUGAAUAUGCAGCUAUUACAUACAAAAAUAUCAGUUUAAUUUACUUACGACGAUCCUUGCUUGAAGAAUUUCUUCCAAACCCUAAUUUUGAAAGUAAAGUUAUUGGUACUUUUGUCAAAAUACGCAUUCAAGGAAAUCCCAAAAUGGGCACAAGUUAUAGACUUGUCUUAGUUACAGGAACUGGUGUACAAAAAGAAUCUUACUUAGCGGGAACAACAAUGACAAAUGUAACAUUAUCUAUUUUGAAUCUUCAAAAAAAGGAGUCCAUCACUAUUGAAGUGGUAUCAAAUCAAGAUUUUACAGAGGAGGAAUGUGCAAGAUUGCGUUUAAACAUCAAAUGUGGAUUUUUGAAAACAAUCACAGUUGGUGAAUUGGAAAAAAAGGCAAUAUCUUUACAAAACGAGAAAUUUAAUGAUUGGAUUGAGACCGAAAGGCAACGUUUGAUCAACUUGAGGGAUAGAGCCAGUGAAAAAGGUCGAAAAAAAGAAUUGAGGGAGUGUGUGGAAAGACUACAAGAGCUAAACAAUUCUACGUUUCAAGAUGAAAAGGUGAAGGCUAGACCUGAUAUAGCUGCAGAUCCGCACAUGGAUCCAAGCUACGAAUCUGAUGAAAAUGGGGAAGAUGCUUCACUCUCAGAUACAUUCUGUACAAGUGCAAGGCAUCCUCAACACAUUGGCUCGGACUCCUGUUCGAAAAGGUUGAGCUGGGGAGGAACCUGCAUGGAAGACAAUAAACAAUCUGCUAACCUCGUAGAGAAAGAAAGACAUAGGAUCACUAAGUUGCCAUCAAGCGCAAGGGAGGAGGAGAUCAACAAAAGAGUUGCAAGUUGGAAUGAAGCGUACCGACAGUGUGCUGCAAAGCCGUCGUUUGCACCUGACCACAAGAGUCGAGUUGAAGAAGCAAAGCCUCGCUGGGGUGACGAUCGAGACAAACGAUCGCCGCGGGAGAAAGUUUCGGGAGGUGGCAAUGCCAUGGAGGAUCCACGAAGGAGGACAAAUGAAGGAACUGCCUAUCCAUGGGGUCCCAAAAAGGACGCUAGGGUGGUAGCAGAGCAAGACAAGAUCAACUCUUUUGAGGGUGAGGGUGUACCUAAUUCGAGCAACACUUUCAACACCACAAGGCAUCAUGGAGCGGUCCCUUCGACAGCCGUUCCCACAGUUGCAGUGAAUCAUGGAGUCGAACAUGAAAAAUUAUGGCACUAUGUGGACCCUUCUGGAACUGUUCAAGGACCCUUUUCAGUAGAGCAGCUGCGAAAGUGGAGCGGAACCGGUCUGUUUCCAAUUGACUUGAGAAUAUGGAGAACUACCGAAGGUCAGAAACAUUCUAUUCUUUUAACAGAUGGGUUACAGGGAAAGUUCAACGCAGAGAAAGAACAGAACUUCUUUGUAGCAGAAAGAAGCGAUGGCAAGACCCAAGCAGCGGCGACGAGUGGAACGAAAGCGCAGACAGAUGCUUGGCACAUUGAGCAAGAUCCGGCUCAGGAAGGUGGGCAAGAGAUGCUUAGAGCUGCAAGACAGAGAGAUGUAAAACCACACAACUUGGUUCAAGGAUGCCAACUACUGGACCAUGAGCUAAAAAACUAUCAAGAUAAGAGAGGGAAUGUUCCAGGUACCCUACCCGAAGUUCCUCCUAGGUGGCCGGAAGAUCCUGAUAGUUCUCGAAAAGGUGAGCGCUGGGACCCCUUGCACGGAGGGGAAACAAGUAAUCAAGGUGAGAGAGGGAAUAAUUCAGAUGCAGCAAGGCAAAGCCGAAUAAAUCAUGCUAAUCAGGAGAGAACGUGCAUUGUAGAAACACCUACGGAGCCACAGGCUAGCCCAUCACUAACUACACGAGUCACUGUGGAUAAUGCACUGCACCUGGGAGGAAAAACCCUGGCGUAA